CAUGGGCUAUCAGUGACCCAUUGCAGUACGUAACCUGCCAUCAGGGGCAUUAAAACAAAAAUAAAACUCAUUUUUCAACAUUUUUAUUCACUCGUAAAAAAUAAUCUGAGAACAACUGCACAAUGACGAAAUUAGCGAGUGCACCUUCGUGAGGUACUAGACGUAAUUGCAGUGACCGAAUUCACAUCAAUGCCAUCAAUGGUCUCCACAAUCGUCUCCUGAUAGACAAAAAACAUCCAAAACAUUUGGUGGAAAAAUAGAAUUUGGUGAAAGAAAUACGAAACAUGGCGUAUCGUGGGGUGAAGGGCUCCGAUCCAUUUGUGUCAAAAACCUCGAGGAAUGAGCGUUUUGCACAAAUGUCCAAGCAGGAGCAAAUUAUACAGCAGAAGAAAAUGGAAAUUCAGGCGAAAAUGCAGGAGAUGAAGAGCAAACAGGCCUCUGAGAAUGUUAAAAAAUCGUCGGCGAAUAGUGCAAGUACUGCGGGGAAAAAUAAUUCUGCUGUCAAGAAAGAGGACGAGAAGCCAACGUCCCAGCCCACCGUCAAUUUAUUCGCCAACGACGGUAGUUUCCUAGACCAAUUCAAGAAAAUAGCACAUAAAGCCCCAUCGACAAAGCCCGAAGUCCCCCAAAAGCCGGAAGAAAAGCGUGAAGAUAGGUCGGAUCGAGCGGAUAGAAACGAGAGAACAGAGAGGACCUACGACUCCCGCGAGAGGCGAUGGAACGGUGAAAAGACCCGGGACUGGGAGAGAAGAGACAGACGAAGGAACGAGAGCCGUUGGGGCAGGAGUUCCGAGCGUCGAAGAAGCUCCUCCUCCAGUCCGUCGCCCCCUAGGCACAGAUCCUCGCCCUCUCCGGACUCUAGGAGGCCUCCUUACCACCAAGUGAACGGUCCCCGUCCCCAAUUCCCCCCUCAGUGCCACCAGAGUCCACAGACGCCUGCAGUGGCCCCUCUGGUGCCUCCCCCCAUCAUCCAGAUGACUAAAGUUCCACCUCCAACCCUCAGGAACAUCAAUCCUGUCAGUGCUCCUAGGGCUCCUAUCGUUCAGAUCCCCAUGAAGACCGAGGCCUUCCCCGUGGAGACACCCAGGAUGUCCCUGCCACUUCCCCACAUGAUCAGACCGCCACCUCCACCCAUUAGACUCCCACCAGCUGUUCCCAAUACCACGGUUCCACCACCGAGUAUUCCCAUGCAGAACCUGACGCAGGUUCCACCGACCCCUCAACAUCUCGUCCCUCAGACCUGUGGAGGAAUGAGUAAUCUGGGGCUCCAAGGGACAAUCCCACCGACUAUUCCCACAAAUGUUCCUCCACCAGGGCUUCUGCCUCCUAUGACACAGAUGCCACCCAACAUGGUGGGGCUGAACCCCCUGGUGACGACGUCGGGCAACAUCGGGGUGGCCAGUGUUCCCAGUGUUCCUAAUGUUCCUCCACCGGUUAUGCCACCGAUCAUCAUCUCGGCACCACCACCUGUCCAUGCGGUCGGGGGAAUCAAUGCUGUGCCAACGGUACCACCACCCAAUCUCAAUGUUCCACCACCCAGUGUGCCACCUGGGAUCAUUCAGGGGAAUGGAGGCGCUGGGUGUAUUAUGGGAACCAGGUUCCCCGUGGCUAAUGUCCAGGUUCCACCACCCGCGAGGGCACCCGCGCCUAAUAUUGCUGGAGGGGUUUCAGGUCGUAAUUGCCCGGUAGAAGCUGAACAAUUGGCGAGAAUAGUGGCUGACUGUGGGGAUGCCAUUGAGCAAGAAGUACGCGAGAAGAAUGCCCAAGAUCCCAAGCUCUGGUUUCUGCACCAAAAGCAAAGUGCAGCGUAUCUGCAGUACAGGGGAUUGGUGGCCAAAUUUCGGGCUGAAAAGGCUGAUAAAGAUGGGAGUAAGAAGGGCGCUGGGGCUGAACCAUACUGCCCGGAAGAGGCACUCAGUGACAAUGACGAUGUCGAUAAAACAACUAUUAAAAGUUUAUCACAGAGUGACAUGUCAAAGGAGGAAAGCAGAGAAGAACGAAAACGAAAGCGACGGAGUCGUUGGAGUGAGCCAGAUAAUAAGAUUUCUAUUCCCGGGGUGAUAGUCUCACCAGUUAUUCCUGGUGUACCUCCGACAAUGCCCAUUCGUCCGCCAGGACUGGCUCUCCCUGGCCAGGGACUGCCGGUUAUGCCACCGAAGGGCCAGAAUACCAAAGGAAAGAAUCCCAUGCUCACGAAAAUAUGUAGGAACGAUCCUGCGUUGAUACAGUACGCCAGACAGACCUUUGGGACGUUGGAUCUAAGUGAGGAGCAGUGGAAAAAAGCUGAGGAUCAUUACAAGAUCAAUCUCCUCUACCAAAAUUUAUUGAAAAAACGAGAAGAAGUGAAACGCUUAGAAUCCCAGGGAAAGCAUAAAUACGAAUACGACAGUGACGAGGAGACUGAAGGUGGCACAUGGGAGCAUAAAAUAAGAUCAGCGGAGAUGGAGGCAACGCAAAUAUGGGCUGACGAGUUGACAGCUCAGGCAGAGGGUAAACAUCAUAUUGGCGAUUUCUUGCCACCGGAUGAGCUCAAGAAGUUUAUGGAACAGUACAGUGCCCUCAAGCAGGGAAAGGAGCCUGAUCUCAGUGAUUACAAGGAGUACAAACUUAAGGAAGAUAAUAUAGGUUUCCAGAUGUUACAGAAACUGGGCUGGAGUGAAGGUCAAGGAUUGGGCAGUGAGGGGAGUGGACGUGUGGAACCAGUAAACAAGGCAACCAGCAGACUGGACAGCGCCGGUCUAGGGUCUGAGAGGCCGGACAACAUAUCACGUGACGAUGACGAAUUUGACGCGUACAGGAAGAGAAUGAUGCUCGCAUAUCGAUUUAGACCGAACCCUCUGAAUAAUCCACGAAGGCCUUACUACUGAUGCAACCCGCCAUCACAUGGUCGUAAAAUUUUGUAUAAUAAAUUCACCAGCGAGUAUCAAAUUUUCUAUCAAAGAAUCAAAGUGAGACAAUGCUAUUUUAUAUAUAUCGUAUGAUUUAAGUAUGUUUAUUUUAAAGAAUUAUAUCGUAUUAUCUAUGUUGUUGGC